GGUACAUCAAAGCUAAGAAUAAUACGGGGGCGUGGCUGACCGGUGAUUUCCCAAUCGAUCGAUCCUAGCCUUAUUAUUUUCUCAAGGUAUUUUCUUUUCUUGAAAUUAGAGUAGAAAUGGCGAUUUGUCCUUAUCUUCUACCCUCAUAAAAAUUAACUAUUUUGAAUAAACGAAUUAUACUUCUAAGUUGGUCUAUCAUUUAAUCAAAUCCGAAAUUACGAGGUAUGAAUAUUUUCUUCAUCAACUUUCAAGUUCAUGCUUUCAAAUUAAUAACGACUUGGAAUUGACUAUUAUUUAUUAAUCGUUGUUCGCGUUCGGAGCUCGGAGCUGAGUUGAGCAAUUAGGAAAUCACGGUGAUCAACAGAUUGCUAAGCCAAGUGGUAUACUACAUACAUGCACUGGAGUUUGGCCACUGUGUGAGCGUGAGCGGUAAGGUAACAUCCCGUACGCCAGACGUUCCCCGAUGAUGGCAGACGGGGAGCACGUAUGUCACCGAGUGGUGUUUCUUGGAGCUGGUAGGAGCCCGUCGAUCCUCACUGAAACUAUCUCUCUUCCCGAGUUAAAACCAGGAGAAGUUUUAGCCAAAGUGCGUCUUGCAACAAUAUGUUCCUCAGAUCUGCAUACCAUCCACGGGAAAAGAAAGGCGGAUAUCCCGUGUGCACUUGGACAUGAAGGAGUAUUGGAGGUCGUUGCUCACAACAGAGGUAGUGAAAGUGGGCUGGAAGUGGGACAGAGGAUAACUUUCACUGUCGUUGAUGUCUGUCAUAAUUGUAGGAGAUGCCAGGCUGGUCUUCCUCAAAAGUGUUUCUCAUUUUUUAAGUAUGGCCACAGUCAGAUCACCAGUGAGAGAAGUUUGAGUGGUUGCUAUGCAACCCACAUAGUCUUGCAUCCAGGGACCUGCAUUUUUCCGAUUCCUGAUCACAUCACGGACAAGAUGGCUGCUCCAAUAAACUGUUCUCUCGCUACCAUGGUGAAUGCUGUUUCAUCUUUCUCACACCGAGAUGCAAGCUCCCAGUCCGUCCUUUUACAGGGAGCGGGUCUACUAGGUGUGUAUGGAUGUGCUCUUCUUCACAGUCUUGGCUUCGGAAGGGUGUAUGUCAGUGAUGUAGAUGGGAAGAGACUGAGUACCAUUCCCCUGUUUGGAGGGACCCCCAUCGUAGCAGGAGAUGAAUCUGCAUGCUUCAAGGAGGAUGAACUGGAUAUCGUGAUAGAGGUAUGUGGAGUUAGUGGCAUCAUUAAAUCUGGUAUACAGCUUCUCAAGCCAGGCGGAAUCUACGUCCUAGUUGGACUUGUACACCCAGACUCUUAUAUGAAUAUAACAGCUGAAGCUAUCAUUAGAAAAUGCCUUACUAUAAAAGGUAUCCAUAACUAUGCCCCCGAGCACCUAGAGAAGGCGGUAGCAUUCAUGUCAAAGUUCAGCAGGAAGUACCCAUUUGAAGAGAUUGUUGGAGUCGUCUACCCGAUAUCCGACUACGAGACUGCCUUUCAGAAAGCAAGAGAAGGGUCAUUUAGACGAGUGGGUUUGGACCCAAGUUUGCACUUAUAAUUCAGUCAUUCAUUGAAGGCCAAUGCUGGGUCAUUCAGACUCGAUGGUUUUGGACCCAAGUUUACAUUCAUAACUUAAUCAUUCAUUGAAGGCUUAUGCUGGGUCAUUCAGACUCGAUGGUUUUGGACCCAAGUUUACAUUCAUAACUUAAUCAUUCAUUGAAGGCUAAUGCUGGGUCAUUCAGACUCGAUGGUUUUGGACCCAAGUUUACAUUCAUAACUUAAUCAUUCAUUGAAGGCUAAUGCUGGGUCAUUCAGACUCGAUGGUUUUGGACCCAAGUUUACAUUAAUAACUUAAUCAUUCUUUGAAGGCUAAUGCUGGGUCAUUCAGACUCGAUGGUUUUGGACCCAAGUUUACUCCCAUCACUUGACUGUUCAUUGAAGGCCAAGGCUAGGUCAUUCAGAUGAGUAGAUUUGGACCAAUGUUUACAAUCAUUUAAUAUCUGAAUGAAUUUUAUGCCUGGUUCAUUCGGACAAGUGAGUUUGAACACAAGGUUAUGCUCAUAAGAUAAUUAUGAUUAUAGAAUAUGUGUCAAUUCAUGCAGAGUUUCAGACAAUGCAGUUUGGAGCCAAGCUUAUAAUCUUAACUUAGUAAAUUAACCAAUAGAAAAAAAAAACUUCUUUUAUACCGACUGUUGAUUUGAUAGGAGAGUCUGUAAAAUUAAGGCAAUUUUCUCUAGCUUACACUUGUAAUCUGUUUGAUGCAAGUAAGGAGAACCUUACCACUUUCCAGUAAGAUUUCUGAUGAAAAAUUCUGUUUAUGCAGCUGCUAUGUAAAUAAGCCUAUAUUAUUUUUAGAGUCUAGCUUUCAGGGUAGUAUAUGAUGAGAAUGUGUGAAAAAUAUAUAACAUAUUAAAAAUUGGUGUAUACAUUUUAUAUGUGUAAUGAUAAUAAUGAUAACAUUUUGGAUUAAAGGUGCUUAAUAUUGUUGUUUUUUGUUUGUGACCAUCGAAUACCAUCAUAUUUCUAACAAUCGCAUAAUUUGCUUUCAGACGUCAUGCAAGUGCUCUUUCUACUCUACAGUACACUGAUACUAAGUUCAUGAGGACUUUCAAAUGUUCUUUCACAUUUUCAUUAUUGAGCAUAUGGUUGAAUUCACAUAAUCAAUAACACUAGAGUAUCAAAGUGUAAGUGUCCCUCAAACAUCAAUGUGAAAUGUUGAAUAUCACAAUUCCCCUUGUGGAUUUGGUUGCUUUAGCAUGUAGGAAGAAGUACUGCAGAUAUCCGGGCCCAGUAAUAUAUAUAGCUUAGAGAUCGAUCACUGAUUUCUAUGAUUGAUUGCAUUCAUUUGAUUAUUGUGUAUGAUCAGUUGUAAAAGUCAGCCCUACAAUCAAUUGCUAAGUUAUAUGUUACGGGCCCCCAGAUGAUUUGAAUAAAAUCAUUUUUUUAUAUAUGUCCAUCUUAUGAAAUAUUAUUUUUCUUAAUAUCAGUAUGCAGAAUGUGGUUAUUUUAUAUAUAUACUAGUGUAGGCUUAGUCCUAAUUCUAUUCUAUUUGUUUUUAUGAUUAUACCUAACAUAUGAUGCAUGCACAAACUUUUUAUACUGUAUGUCUGACUCAGUACUUAAAUCAUUGACAUUUUUGGUAAGCAUAUAAUUUGCAUCGUUUUGAUCAGUCGCUUUAUACCUAUAGGGUGUGUGAAUUAUACCAUCGGUCGGAAGGAUUCCUUAAAUCAUUGAUGAUUUUCUGUUGAUCAAAUUUGUGCAAUAUAUGAGAUGUGUGAAGAAGGUGCCUCAUCCAGUUAUGUUGUAUACAAAAUGAAAUAGAAAUAUGACAGGAAUAUAAUUCUAUCUUUGCCUCGACUUCUAUGCACUCGCCUGUAUGAUAAAUUGAGAAACACAAUACUUAAUACUUCAUACAAUUAUGCAAAGUGAGUCAGAAAAAAAUACAUCUCACAAAUCACCAAUUUGAUGCAGAAAAAAAUUCAUAAACAUGUAUGUCCUGAAUAAUUUGAUACCAUUUUGAUAGGGUAUAUGCUUAUGCACCAGUUGGGUAAUCAGUCAGUAUUCCUUGCUUUGUUGUGUACCUCAAUUUGGGUCAAAGUAUUAAGGAACGAAUACAACAUUGCUGAAUCCGGAUGUCAAUGAAAUUCAAAACGGAAAAGAACUGCAGAAAAAUUCACUGUAAAUCCAUAUGUCCAUGAGGUCAAAACCUAAUUAGAGUUGCAAUAAAAUUCAUAGCAAACUACAUUUUAAUUAAACGAAAUAUUAGUAUUGUUAUUAAACGUAUUUGAAUAUAAAUCUGAAAUUGAAAAUGCAUGUUGCAUUGAAGUUAUAUAGCAUUUCAUGUACUUGUAGUAUUAUGAUGUCAUGGACGUAUUGAUUCUUUCAACUUGUUCAGAGUAGUCAUGCUUUACUUUGACACACAUCAAAGCUUAUAUCACAGCAAGGAAUACCUCUAGAUUAGCCAAGCUUAAACACAUACUGCAUCAAAAAUGAUAUCUAAUUAUUUGAGAUAAUAUACUCUAUCCGGACAUAUGUAAUAUCUUUGUGUUCAUGAUGUAGUUUUUAAUUAAAUAGGCAAUAUCUUUAAGAGUAAAGGUUCAUGCGAUUUGCUUGGCAUAGAAAACAUUUCUCAAAGACAGGGGUGUGGUCUUUCACCGCUUCUCUCAUACAGUAAUUUAUACACUGUAACUUUUAUUACACUCAUGCACUAAUAUAUAUGUGGGUUUAUUGCAUUUUAAAAAAUUGUUCUGUCCAUUCCACACACCGUUUUUACUCCGUCUCAAAUAUUGUGAAUGUAGAUUAUAAAUGCGUAUCUUUAUAGGGUUUACGAAUGAUAUUUGAAUCAUAUUGAUUUGUAUAUACAGUAUAUCUAGGAAGCAAAUGAUCAAAUAUAAUGAUGAUAUAUAUAUACCAUAUAUACAAUAAGUGUAUAUAGAAAUAUAUUUUUAAUUAACAUUUAAUUGAGAUAUUAAGCUUUAUGAGAAUUUUAUGAUGUAUAAGAAUUCAGAUAGUCUUGUGCCAAAAUAUACAAAAAAGUGACCAUAUUAUAGUUUUUAUUUAUUUGUUUAGUUUACAUUCACUUCCUUGGCCUGGUAGCACAAUGCUGUUUGAUUGAUCUUAUGUUUGAUUUCUUUGAUUAAUUUCUAUGAUUAAUAGUCAACUUACAUAAUAGCAAGGAGCUUUCAUAGUCAAUGCAAUCAGGUGCUAAAGUCAGUCCCACAGUCAAUCCACAAGCUUUGUGUUACCGAGCCAAGAUAUGGUCAUACAUGGAAAAGUUUUCCUGGAAUGUGUUAAUGUCCAAGAUUAUGUUAAUUGAGUGAGAGAGAGUGGACAAAAUGCAAGUUUUUUGUUUGGUUUUAAGUUGAAAAUUGAAGGAUCUGACCUACUCUUUUUGAUGGAGUUGUGUGAAAACUUGCAAUAGAAAAUUAGGCUUUGAAAAUUUCUGCCAUCAGCAUCACUACCACCUACCACUAUAUUUUGGCAGCACCUCCCACAUCACCAUAAUCAUCACCAUCACCAUCAUAGUCAUCAUCAUCAUCAUCAUAGUCAUCAUCAUCAUCAUCAUCAUCAUCAUCAUCAUCAUCAUCACCACCAUCAUCAUCACCAUCGUCAUAGUCAUCAUCACCAUCAGGACUGAUCACCAUCAUCAUCACCACCAUCAUCAUCACCAUAUUCAUCAUUAUCAUCAUCAUCAUCAUAAUCAUCAUCACCAUCAUCAUCAUAGUCAUCAUCACCAUCAUCAUAAUCAUCAUCACCAUCAUCAUCAUCAUCAUUACCACCAUCAUCGCCAUCAUCUCCUCUUAGGAUUAUGUCUAAUUACAUUCCUUAUACAUUCACAACAAUGACGGAUGCCUCAUAAUUUUGAAAUAAAUAUUUGAUGUAAAUAUUCAAAUUGUAAAAUUAACAUCUAUAUGAUAAAAUAUAUUUGUUUCUGCCUUGACUUUACUUCAGUGUUUAUACCAUAGUAUAGUCUAUGAUAUACAGUAUAUAUUACUUCUUUUAGACAUCUAUAGUAACAGUACUGUCAGCUCUUUCUCAAUUUCUAUUUUUGUAUUAUCAUGCCAGUGAGAAGCAGAAUUUAGUAAAUUUUAUAGCAUUACAAUGUAUGUAUAUCAGAUUACUAAUACUCAUAUUACCAUUAAAACUAGAUGCAAUAUAUGCAUAAA